UUAUUUUCCAUUAGUUUUACUUUAUAGGUAAAGAUAUCCCUAAAUAGCUGAAUAUGGAAUGAUUUUAUUUUAGAAUUGUGAAAAAUGGAAGACAGUACCACAGACACAGAACAAGAAGAGGAAGAGGAGAAAGAUGAAAAGGAUCAAGAGAACCCCAUUUAUGCUGUAGCACCCACAAUUAAUAUCCAAGAUGAACGGUGUGUUGAUUUAUCUACAACUCCAGCUUUCAUUUGUCUGCAAGAGUUACACAGUAUGGGAAAACUUCCUGGAACCAGAAUGGCAGAGUUAAAAGCGAAGUACACCUUGCUCCAUGAUACCGUGGUAAGUACGCAACAGUCAGAGGUCCAACUGCUAGAGGAUGCCAAACGUUUCACCGAGCAAAUACAACAGCAGCAGUUUCACCUUCAGCAAGCUGAUAAUUUUCCCGAGGCAUUCACCACCGAGGUCUCUAAAAUGCGAGAACAACUUCUCAAGUACCAAAACGAAUAUAACGCAGUGAAAGAAAGAGAGCUCCACAAUCAGUACAGAUUAAAUAGCUUAACAGAAGAAAAAAACCUCAUAAUAAAGGAAUUUGAGAAGAUACCUAAGCCAGGAGAAAUGGAGAAGAAGAUGAGACUAUUGAGAGAAAGCACUGAGGAAUUACGUAAGGAAAUAAUGCAGAAGAAACUGGAAAUAAAAAAUUUACGGGAAGAUUUGGCAUCUAAGCAAAAGCAAUUACUGAAGGAGCAGAAGGAACUAGAAGAACUGUUGGAAUAUCAGGUCAAUCUAAAGGAUGAAGUGGUCCACCAUCAAGCUGUUCCCGUACAAAUUGGAAAAGAGAUAGAAAAAAUAACACGAAAAAAAGUAGAAAUGGAAAAGAAAAAAAUCGUCUUGGAAUAUGAACUCAAAGAGCUAAAUGACUUGCUAAAGAAAGUUGAAACCAAAAUUAAUUCUAUAAUGGAAGAGAAGGAGGAUGUAAUAAAGGAAGUUGAAGGCAAACGAGCCUUACUUGAAAUCAGAGAACGAGACUGUAACCAAUUGGUGAAGCUCCUGGAAUUAACCAGAGAGAAUGAAGCAACUUCACUAACUGAAAGAGGGAUCUUGGAUCUCAAUUUACGGAACUGUCUCAUUGACAAGCAGAACUACCACGAUGAACUUUCUUGUAAGCAAAGAGAAAAAGAACGAGAUUUUCGAAAUUUAAAAAAGAUGGAGCUACUCUUGAAAGUGUCCUUGGAUGCACUCACUCAAACUCAAGCACUACAUCAAAGGCUUCUAUUAGAGAUUGAAGCUAUUCCUAAAGAUGAUUCUAUAUUAUCUGAGAGAAGAAGAGAACUGCACAAGGAAGUUGAAGUGGCUAAGAGGAAUCUGGCCCAACAGAAAAUCUUAUCAGAAGCUGAGUCCAAGUUAGUGGAACAACAACUUGCAGAAGAAAACAAGCUUUUAAAGGUGCAAGAAAACAUGCGGGAGCUUGUCUUCAACCUUGUCCAUAUGACUCAAAUCAAAAUUGAUGAGAAGGAGCAAAAAUCCAAGGAUUUCCUGAAAGCUCAGCAAAAAUAUACCAACAGUGUUAAGGAGAUCAAAGCAAAGAAUCUGGAAAUCAGAAUACACAAGAAGAAAAAACGUGAAAUUCAUCGGAGACUCAAAGAGUUUGCUAAACUAUAUGACACUAUCCGCAAUGAAAGAAACAAAUUUGUUAACUUAUUUCACAAAGCUCACCAGAAAGUAAAUGAAAUAAAAGAAAGACAUAAAAUGUCAUUAAAUGAACUGGAAAUUUUAAGAAAUAGUGUGGUUACUCAAGAAAGAAAGUUACAAAAUUCCAUGCUGAAACAUGCCAACAAUGUUACUAUUCGAGAAAGCAUGCAAAAUGACGUGUGCAAAAUUGUAGCAAAACUUCAGGAAAUGAAGGAGAAGAAGGAAGCCCAGUUAGAUAACAUUGACAGACUUGCCAAUAUGAUCACAUCGAUUGAAGAGGAGAUAGUGCACCUUCGCAAGAGAUACGAGAAAGCUGUUAAGCUUCGAAAUGAAAGUGGUGUUCAGCUGAUAGACCGGGAAGAGGAAGUGUACACCUCUUAUGAAAAAAUAAGUAUCCAAGAGAAGAUGAAACUAAAUGGAGAAAUUGAAAUACAUGUUCUGGAAGAAAAGAUCCGGUUCCUGAAACUGAAGAUUGCUGAGAAACAAAGACAGAUUCAUGUGACCCAGAAAUUACUGCCAGCCAAGAGGGCCCUGGAUGCUGACUUAGCAGUGCUCCAAAUUCAGUUUUCACAGUGUACAGACAGAAUAAAAGACCUGGAGAAACAAUUUAUAAAUCCUGAGGGUGAGAACAGAAUCCGCUUCAUUCCAGGGAAAGAUAUGACCCCAGAAGAAAUGAUCAAAAAAUUAGACACGCUGGAACUACAGCUAGCCAAGAAGGAGGAGAAGUUACUGGAAAAGGAGUUCAUCUAUGAACAGGUGUCCCGGCUCACGGACAGGCUCUGCAGCAAAACUCAGGCCUACAAGCAGGACACACUUCUCUUAGCCAAGAAGAUGAACGGCUACCGGAAAAAGAUCAAAGACGCUACGAAACAAAUGAUGGCUCUUGUUGCUGAGCUGUCCAUGAAACAAGCCCUGGCCAUUGAACUCCAAAAGGAAGUCAGGGAGAAAGAAGACUUCAUCUUCUCUUGCAAUUCCAGGAUAGAAAAGGGUCUGCCACUCAAUAAAGACAUUGAGAGGGAAUGGUUGAAGGUACUUCGAGAUGAAGAAAUGUAUGCCUUGGCCAUCACUGAAAAGUCUCGGGAGUUCUUGGUAGCAGAUAACCGCCAGCUGCCCAAUGGUGUUUACACAACUGCAGAGCCACGUCCAAAUGCCUACAUCCCAGAGGCAGAGGCCACUCUUCCUUUGCCCAAACCAUAUGGCGCAUUGGCUCCUUUCAAGCCCAGUGAACCGGGAGCUAAUAUGAGGCACAUAAGGAAACCUGUUAUAAAGCCAAUUGAAAUCUGAGCAUGUAAACUAAUCUGGGCUUCUAAAGGAGACACUUUAACCAGGCUUCCUCAUAUGCACAGCUGGAAAAUAUCAGCAUGAUAGAUCUAAAUUACAGACAAAUACGGUAUCCGCAAUCGAUCAAUAACGGAGAACAACAUGGCUUCCUUUUACACUCAUCAGCUACUAUAUUUUACAUGAUGUUAAGUAGGACAUAGAAUUUUCCUACAAUUAUGUCAAAGCAUAUAUCUGUAUCAUUCAUUUCUUUCUUUUUCACUCUAUCUAUUAUGUUUCAGAAAUACAUAGUAGUCCAGAUGCUAUAACAAUGCAAGAAAAAUAAAUCAAUUUUCAAUGCAGUACAGAAAUUGGCAGUGUGGCCUUUGUUUAUUAAAAAAGAAAAAAGCAAAUACUGUUCAAUAUACUUACUUGAAAGAGAAAGACAGAAUGACUGUUUGAAAAGGAGAAUAUCCCAAUAUCACAGGGGUUAUAAUUCACUUCAUUAAGUACUUGUAUUUGAAGUUCAUGUUGGUAAAUGUAAAUGAAGUAAAAAGCAGUAAGGAAGCUUGUCCUUUUAAAAGUAAUAUUAUGCUCAUUCUUUUUCAAGUAAAGAAUCCUUUUGCUGCAAAACUAAUUAUGCCCUAUUUAUCUUUCUUAUAAAUCUAGGUUUUUUAUAAUGCUAUAUACAAAUAAACCUGUGAUUAAGUUCUGACUCCUGAUUUUUAAAAAUCCCAGAGAAAACAUUUAUUAGCUGUGCAUGUGGCACAGUUGAAAAUGAGGCCAGUUCCACUUACUUCGGUACUCUGAUUUUAUUGCAUUUCACCCAAGCAUAUUUUCCUAAUUCUGUUUUUUGUAUUUUCUCAUGUAUGAGAAUACACAAGUGGAUUUGAAAACUGAUUUUGCUUCAUUGAUAUGUUCAAGCCAUAUUUCAUAUUGGUGUCAGGUAUGGAUUUUGUGUCACAAUUCUGGAAGUGAGAAAUCACAUUCCUUUUAUUUAUUUAUUUAUUAUUUAUUUAUUUAUUUAUUUAGCUAAAUGAAACAAAAUCUGUUCCAAACCCCCAUCCUGCCAGAAUAGAGGGAAAUUUAAUCUCAUUCUCAGCCUACAAGUCAAUCCUGAAUCUAACUUGGUUGUUUUAUAAAGUUAUUAAAACGCAAAGUGUCUGUGAUAAGUAACAGUGUGUGGUUAAUACAAAGAAAUACUACUGCACACUUAAACACAGCUCCUGUGUUGUAGGAAUUAGUAAUUGCAUUAGGGAUCCAAAAAAUAUGCCUGAAGGGACAACAUAAGAAUGGAAAUAUAGCUCUUCAGCACAAAGGGAUGGAUGUUUAAGUAUU